AGAUCGAACAUGUCAAAAUCAUAUGUGCCCUACGAAAACAUCACGUUGGCUUGUACCUAUUAUGCUUGGAUUCUAUGUGUUAUUAACUAAUAUACUGAUGUUCAACUUACUUAUUGCCAUGUUUUCUAAAACCUACGAAGAAAUAGAGAGUGCAUCAACAUACUAUUGGAAUUAUCAAAGAUAUCAAAUGAUCAAUGAUUAUGUUCAUAGAUCACCACUUGCUCCACCAAUUAUUAUUGUUUGGCAUUUCUAUGAAGCAUAUAAAGCUAUUGGAAAUCAAUGCGCAAGUUUAAGAAAUGCUGAAACAGCAAAAUAUAAUCCAUUUUGUGUACGAUUUACCGAUGUGAAAAAAGAAAGAGAAAUGGUCAAAUGGGAGCAUAUGAAAGCUAUGGAUUAUUUAAGAGAACCAUCAACCAAAGCAACUGGGAAAAGAGGUGUAGCUGAAUCACGUGCUGUGGUAUUUCGUGGUGGUGGAGGUGUUGGUCCUGGUCAAGGACCAGUAAUGGAUUUAAAAAGUGAAAUGUCCAGUGUUACAGAGGGUAUUGGAAUGGAGUUAGAAAAACGUUUCAAAGAGAUUGAUAAUCAAUUUCAACGUUUUAAUGAUGUUGAUUCACGUUUGAAUGAUGUAACACAAUUAUUAACAAAUUUAUCUGAAGUAAUCAGUAAUGUGACUGAAACACAACAACGAAUUAUUCGACAAAUAAAUGAACUUCCUACUUGUCAAUGUAAUGAAUUCACUGAUGAGGUUGUUCCUGUACAAAAAUCCACUACAACUCAAGCUGAUUCAGGAACAGCAGAAACUAGAAAACGUACAAAACUAGAAGUAGCUAUUCAAUCUGCAUUAGAAGCAGCUAAAGAUGUACUACGACCACCAACACCACCACCACCACCGCCACCACCUCCUCCACCCCCAAGGGAAUCACCUGUUCUAUUAGCUGCUGUUGUUCCUGGAUCCGAAGAUGAUUCAAGUGGUUCAGAAGAAGGUGGUGAUCCUUCAGCUGAUCCAGUCAUAGUACCUCAAGUUCCAGAUAUUAAAACUGGAAGAGUUAUCGAAAGAACAUUAGGUGAUCAUCGAUUAUGGAGAAUGGCUCCAUUUAAUUUUGAAAAAUAUCCUGGAAUGAGAAUGAAUGUACCACCGGAACGAAUGGCAUGGACUGUAAGUAUUUCACUAGAUGAAUAG